AUGUGAUUUGAAAAUUUAGUGUGAAGAAAAACGUUAUUCAAGAAGCAAGAAGUUCGGCUGCCGGUUGUAUCAUUAGAAUAUAUCUCUUCGAAGUUUUCACCGAGCAGAGCAAACACACAGAUAUGAAGAUAUCCUUGAUUUUGAUAGCUGUCGUGUUGUGCAGCGUUUCAGUGAGCGUGGAGUCACGCAAGAUGACAUGUUUUUGUGACAUCCGAGAUGGAGUACAUGUAAACUCACCCGUUACUGCUAAUGUUCACCCAGAUCCAGUUGUCAGAGGAUUUUUCGCUGGAUGUAAGACAGGAAAUCGACUAUGCCCUGGUAGAUGUUGGCAAGCAGCCAAAUCAGUCAUCGCAAACCAGAAUAAGUUGAAUGAUAUUUGUAAGCACAGGUAUAGAGCCACGAUCUCUCCACCGCAUGGUCGCGAUUUGAUCGCACAUGUUCGAGUGAGUAACUGCGGUACGAGAUAUACAUAUAAAUUGCAUAAAAAAGUAUGUUGUCAAAAAAUCUCGAUACCUUUACCAAACAAACCAGUCUUUUAUUACGGAUACCUUUGUUAGUGACAGCGCAAUUAGUUGUUAUAAUGGCAUAUAAAUGAAAAAAACAAAUAAUUUUUUCUUCCCAUUUCUUUACCUGUAGCACUCAGUGUGUUAAUCAACGGUCUAACGUACUUGAAAACAUGCGUCGCAGUGUUCGAUUGACAUGGUCUCUUUAUUUUUCAAUAUAAUUUGACGAUUUUUUAUAACCUCGUUCCCAGGAGCAUUUGUCUCAUACCGGCGCUGCCUGUUGAUAUUUUUCAGAAUUUUUCUUGUUUCUUUAAUUCUACUGUGCAUGUAACGUGCAAGUAAAUAUAACCAAUAAUACGGUAGCCGAUUAUUAUACACAGGAUACAACCCCAUAGAUAUACAAGGAGAGAAAGUUCCUGGGAUUGAGAUUGGAUUUUCUUAUUUUUAAAAAAAAUUAUCGCUGUAAUAUUAGUCUUUACAUUUUACACGCAUAUAUUUUCUUUA